AUGGUGAAGCGAUUUCUGGAGUUCAAAGAUGCUGUGAAGCACGUGGAGGCCGUGAACGAGCUCAUGCCCAGGGCGCGAGAUUGCAGAAAGCUGGAAAAACAACUCGAAGAUUUAAAGGCACUGGAUAGUGUUUGUCUGGCGUUGCAGUCCAACAAAACAACUUUGAGCGAUGUCCGCAUCAUGUUUGACGGUGUCAUAAAGCGCUACCCUAACAUGGCCAAGUACCUGUCCAAGGAUGCAAAUAUUGUCCACUCGCCAGCUUUUAAAUCUGCUGUCGUCAAGAUAAUGCAUCAGGAGAGACUGUCUCGACUAGAGACAGCUGCAAUUGCGUCAUUCCAAGUUGGUGAAAGUUCUGCUUCUGAGCCCGAGGAAGCCAACGCUUCCAGCUUUGCGGCGACGCUGCUGCAUGCUGGCAACAAACGGAACUACGCUACUGCCAACGCUCCACAGUACGAUUCUCUACUCUUUCAUGUGCCCCCGACUAGCAACGAUUGUGAGCGCCUCUUUUCCAAUACAAAGGCUGUAAUGACCCCGCAACGAAGUUCAAUGCUUCCGAUCAACUUCGAAAUGAUCAUGUUUUUGAAGGAGAAUGCGUCGUAUUGGGGUCGACGCACUGUGGCUACUGUGCAACACCGAUCGACUGAUUCCAAUGCAAAUGCGCCAAAGUAG